GCCACCCUAAAAGUUUGAUCCUAAAAUCCCCUAUAGACUUAUGAAUGACAGCUGUGACUCCAGGAAAUAUACAUGACCAUGAAUCUGCAGUUAGUUUUUGCAAAGCGGAACGAAAGCCUGACUUUUUCUCAUCCACCGGAACUGCAGGACAGGACACUGCAGGACCUGAGGCGGGAGCAAACGGAGGAAGUACCGUUACCUUCCCACGUGCGUGGACUGAGCAGGAAGUGGGUUGUGUUGUUUUGUUGCGGUGUCUGAGCUGAAUCUCUGAGCUGUUGGAGUAACAAUGCCUUCAGUUCAGUAUCUGAGAGAGUUUAUCAACGAGCGGCUAACUGCUGCUGCUGAAGAAAUAUUCACAGAGUUUGAAAAAACGAUCGUCCAGUACGAAGAAGAGAUCGGCCGUCAGCGCAGACUGCUGGAUAUCACCUGGAAACCCGAAAUAAAGCUGCACAGGACAGAACUCCCACAGCAUUAUAUCUGUCAGGAGAAGGAGGUUCUCACUGAGCAGCAGCUCUGUAACCAGGAGGGGAGCUCCAGUCUGGACCAGGAGGAACCAGAACCUCCACAGAUAAAAGAGGAACGGGAGGAACUUUGCACCAUUGAGGAGGGAGAGCAGCUUGUACUGAAGGAGGAGAGUGGUACCAAAUCAAAAGAAACAUUAGAUGUUAUUAAUAAAUCUGUUCAGGAUGAGGAAGAGAUUGACUAUCAGCGCAAACUGCUGGAUGUCACCUGGGAAGCUGAAAUAAAGGUCCACACAGACCUCCCACAUCAACAUGUCUGUAAGAAGGAGGAGGUUCUCAUUGAACAGCAGCUCUGUAACCAGGACAUCUCCAGUCUGUACAAGGACAAACCAGAACCUCCACAAAUGAAAGAAGAACAGGAGGAACUCUGCAGCAGUCAGGAGGGAGAGCAGCUUAUAUUGAAGGAGGAGACUGAUACCUUUAUAGUGACUGCUGCUUAUGACGAGAGAGACCACAAUGAACCAGAACGAGACAGGGAGCACCUCCUCUCUCACAAGUCUCUUGUAGCUGAGAACCAAGACCAGGAAGGAAGCAAAAAAGUAGUUUCAAGAUCAACUAGAAAUAGAAACAAAAGUCACAACAAUGUAGAAGACCCCCUUAUGUCAGAGGGUCAGUGUAACUCUGACAAAAGUAAAAAGGUUUUGAAAUGUGAUGUUUGUGGAAAAGCCUUUAAGUAUAAUUAUCAAAGGAAAAGACAUUAUAGAAUUCACACAGGUGAGAAGCCAUUUUCUUGUAAAAUGUGUGGAAAAAUGUUUGCAAAUAGUGGUUAUUUAACAAAGCACACAAGAACUCACACAGGUGAGAAACCAUUUCCUUGCAAAACGUGGGAAAAGGUUCCGCUGUACUAGUUCUUUAGCAAAGCACACAAUAACUCACACAGGUGAGAAACCAUAUCUUUGUAAAAUAUGCGGGAAAAUGUUUGGACGUCAUAGUUGCUUAUUGAGGCACCUGAGAAUUCACACAGGUGAGAAACCAUAUCAUUGUAAAACCUG